AUGUUGCUUAGAAGCAUAAAAAGACUCCGACAACGGAAUGUUAACUUCACGUCUACAGAUUUGCUGAGGGAUGCAGGAUUAGAUCCCGCUAUAGCAAGCCGGAGGACUAUAACACGGUAUUUAAUCAAGUGGGGGUAUUUUUUCAUGCAAUCUCGUAAGAAAGGACUACUUACAGACAAAGAGAAAAAGCUACGCUUGAAACAUGCAAAGGCCAUGAGGGGUAUAUUGAAAGAGUGGCCAGACUAUUAUACGCAGCAUAUAUCGUUUUAAUUGGACGGCGUAUCUUUUGUACACAAGUACAAUCCCAUGCUCGAGGCAACAAAACCCAAGGCAAGAGUGUGGAGAAAGAAAGGAGAAGGCCUUAAUAUCACAGCAAAGGGAAGCAAAGAAUUAGCUGGAGGGCGGAGAUUUCACCUUAUCGUAGCGGUUGCAUAUGAAAAAGGAGUURUGCUGUGUGAACCAUACGAACAAAUGAAUGCACAUUUUUUUUAAACUUUUGUUAAAGAUCAUUUUAAUUUAACAUUUGCAAAAGCUGGUCCUAAAGCAAAUCAAAGCCGAAUAUUUGUCAUGGAUAACGAUCCCAGUCAAACAAGCAUCAUGUCUAUGCAAGCUAUACAUGACAUAGAGGCUGAUUUUCAUCGCCUUCCAAGCCGUUCUCAAGACUUGAAUCCUCCUGAGAAUGUUUUGCAUAUUGUAAAGGAAAAACUUGACAAUGAAGCUAUAGAGCUAAAAAUUGAUCACGAGACAUUCGAUCAAUUUAAAGAGCGUGUUUUACGUUGUUUUCAAUCAAUAGACCGAUCUUAUAUCGACAAAACCAUUGAAAGUUUACCCAAGAGCAUAAUUAAACUCAAAGGAGGUCGUACAAAAUAUCAAACAGUAAUCGUAUAUCUAUUUUCUAUACUCGGUUAUGAAUUCUAUUAUACCAGGAUUGGAACUUUAUACAUACGGGCACUCAA